AUGGCAACGAAGCGAGGGAUGCCGACGCUGGACACAGCGUCCGCGGCAGCUGUGCAGCAAAACAACCUUCGCAUCAUCGAGACCUUCAUUGCGUCAGAGAACUCGCGGGAACUGCAACUCGCCCAAUGCAAGUCGGUGGAGAAGCGAGGGCUUCUUGAGAUGGAGUUUGCGCUCGCGCGAGCCCACGAGUCCAAGUUGCUUCACCGUAUGAUGCAGCAAAAGGGCGACAGUGUGGACACAUAUCGACUGGAAGAAGAGGUCAACGCGAUGUUGUUGGCGUCAUCGAAGCGCAUACAGGAGAUUGUUGCCAAGAGUCCAUUGCCUAAGUCUACCUUUGCAAAGAAGCAUCCUGCGAAGAAACGCGCCAUGUUGACAGGGCCACGAGAAAGCAUGAAAACGGUCAUGCCAGCCAUUAAACAGCGACAGCACGUGAUCCCAGCAGCGUCGCCCUCUGCAAUACAAACGCGCACGAAGCCAGCGCUCGACACUACAGGCCAACGCACAAGAAUACCACAGACGAACGCACCACAUCAGUCACCGGUCAGCACGAUAGAGACCCUGCCGCGACGUGUAAGCCACCCCAAAUUCCGCAGCCCCAGUGACCCAACAGCUGCCCCACCUUUCACAGCAGACAACGCAACCCUCGCGGACCCAACAACGGUACCUAACGUGCACGUCCAGUUGACAAAAACGCUGCCAGAAGUACGAGCUACUCCUGCCGAACGAACGGUCUCGUCCCCUUUCGAGAGCUUUUUCCAUGCGUACAUGGGAACGCCGUCCGAGUUGCUCUUCUCCAAGGUGAAAGAAGUUGUGUUGGACGUGGAUGGUUAUGAAGUGCGCGUGCGCAAAAAGUCAGGUGCUGCCGAACGUCCUGCGACCGCCGACACCACGCACGGCGUGCGCGGCGUACGCGCGCUCAAGGCGCAGAAAGAAUUGGAAGAGGUGCAAAAAGAGGUCAAUCGCGCAAACGGCUCACCCGACGAGUCCGCCAAAGAGAUGCACCGCAUCGACGACCCGAGCAACGCCCAUCUCGAUUCGGCCAACGUGACAUUAGACCCCCGCGGCGGGACAGAGCUUCGAGACACUUCCAGCGAGGAAACGGAAGGCGAUCAAGCCAACGUGGUGCCAGCACCGUCCCCAGCCAAAGACGACGCCACAUCCAAGUUGGACUUCUCUUUGCCGCCGGCAAACUCCAUCGCCGAGCAGCGAGAGCCGAACCAACAACACUGUGAUGCUACCACACACAACGACGCGACCUGUGAGGAUCCCUGCAACGAAUGCAGCCCCCCAGACAGCCCCUCCCGACUCGCGCAGGUGCACGAUGUGUCGGUGGUCGUUGUGGACGCCAUCGUUGCCAACGCUCUCCACAUCCUUUCGGACGUCCCUCCCGACGAUGCGCUUGAGGAAAGCGAUGGAUUUGCACCUUCCCCGACAAACGUGGCGCCACUUUCCAGUCCCGACAAGGCCAUGUCGUUUCAAGCGCCCAACACACAAGACUUGCUGGCCGUCGCAGAGAGCUUCAUGCCGUCGCACGAGGUUGUAUACCCACAGCCGCACGUGGAAGCGCAUCCCACAGCUCUCGACAAUCGCUCGAGCCAUUUGAAAUGUGCCGAAGCGGCCGUUCAAGUCCAGCGGAUGGUGCGCGGGCAUCAAGGACGAAAGCACUUCCAAGCCACGUUGUACGAGGAAGCGCAAUCGUGUGGUGUGCUCGGGGCCAUGCCAGGGACCACCCAAGGCGCCACAGGAUGGUACCAGGAGCAGGCAACGUUUACGGCGCACUACUUUGUCGUGCUGCCGUCGGGAGAGUGGCGGCCCAAGGUGAAAGUGGCUUGUCCCCACAUGAUCCUGACAACGCACGACAUGAAGCGACUCGUUCAUGACAUGAUCAACGUAAUGGACAUGGAUUGA